AUGAUUCUAAACGGCGAUUCUUUUGCUCCUACUCUCCGACAGUUUCUGGACACGGGUUACAAGUUUGAAAGAGGCUAUCCAGAUGAUACCAAUAAUCCUGAACCCCAGAACCCUCUCCUCUUCUACAACAGACAUGUUGCUUCUACUCUACUAUUAAAAAAUGUCAGGCGUGCCCCAUGGAUCCCGACGGAUCUUUCCAAAAUUUGCGAGGACGCAAUUAGGGAGUUUACUAUGGCGGGCCACACUUUCGUUGACAACCUCCACUACCGGGGGAUUUUUCGCGAAGACUACAUAUAUAACGGACGUUGCUCAGGCGUAGCGGACUAUCACUUCGAUCGUGUAAGUAAACCAUGCAAUGCUUAUGCCUCAAAGUUACUUUUCACUCCGGAAGACCCAGCUUGGUUCUCCUUUAUUGUGUCACGUAGAGACCGAUCUACUCGAGCCCAGUAUUCUUUUCGUUGCGCCGGUGACACUGCCAUUAUCAAACCGAAAAAGGAAGAUCUGGGAAACAAAGAAUAUAAUAUUCCACCGGAAAGAAGGUCAACGCUGGAUCAUGGGGCCCUACAAAAGAUCAACAAACUUAGGGACAAGAAAAGUAUUUUUAAUUACGAAUUCUUUAUCAAAGCUGAAGCUGGGGAGGCUCUGCUGCGGAAGAUGAACUGUUGGGGGACAUUCAAGUGGGACAUGCCUACAGCCACAGGCGCUCCUGAGUUGCCUCUCUUGCCUCCGCACAGGGACUCUCCUAUCAUUCAGACCCUCUUUCCCUCUUUAUACACGACGACCCCCCGCCCCUUGUCCACUCGCAAGGGCAGUCCGUCCACCAAGUCCGGCAGAAUAAGACGAAAGCUUGUAGCUCCUCUGAGAAACGCUCAAAGGGACGAAUCAAAAUACAGGAUUAAUGCCCAUCAUUACAUACAAAAGGGGUGGGCGAAUGCAGUGGAGAGCGACGUCACAUUCAUCUUGUUCACCUGCGGCAAAUUGGAGAGAAUUGCGAUUCGACACCGCCAGAGUCAGACUCUGUAUCUAUCAGAUCUUAUUGACCCCAUGAGAACUCCUGGUUAUCGACAGAUACAUCUUGGUCUCACAAUCGCGGCCAUAAAAGAUCGAUUAGCCAUGCUAGACCAGGAAGAAUUAUCCAACCAACGUCCUUUGAAACGCAAAACACCUCCUCCUCAGAAUCCCAUUGUUUACAAUAGUAUGAAGGACAAGGCAACCAGAAGGAAACGAAGAAAGUUAGACCCAGAGCUAGAACUAACCUCAGAGGGAAUGGAUAAAAAGGCUGCGCCGUCUACAUUUUGGCGUAUGGAACCUUCGUGCGCAUUGCGACCGUUCCAAAACCAUUCAUACCGCUUUAAACGCAAAGCAUCAUACCCUCCAGAAGGCUAUAUCUCGGUGAUCACACAUGAAGACGACAUUGGUAGUGGGGCGAUGGGUAUGGUAUAUAGAGUCGCCGUCGAAAUUGAAAUGAAUGAUGGAUCUAAACAUCAGCGCACACUCAUUCUCAAGCUUGCCAUUGGUCCCAAAAAGGAUCAAAUUAUCCAGGAAUACGAAAUGUAUAAACGGUUGGCUGAAGCUGAUGUCACGUACGGGAUCGUUGGCGUCCACGGUUUAUUUCACGACAUGGAAAGCGAUGCAAUGCUCCUCAUCAUGGAGGAUGCAGGGAAGUCGCUUAGAACGCGCGCUACCGAGCAUAAUCUCAAGAUUCAUUAUAGUUGGGAUGACUCACUGGUUGAGGCGACAGAGGAAGAACGGGAUGCCUUUGUCAAGGCUUUAAAAGGCAUCCAUAGUGCGCACGUACUUCACCAAGACCUUAGGAUUGACAACUUGAUGAUCAACGAUGCUGGUGAUGUUUUCAUAAUCGAUUUUGACAAUGCUGAAUACUACACCCUCCAACAUCCAAGAAAUUACAGGGAAGAGAUGGGAGAACUAUUGUCAGUAAUUGGGUGGCUUGACAGUGACGACGAAGAAAGUGACGACGACAGUGAAGACGAGGAUGAAGAUGAAAAUAAAAAUGACGGAGAAGAAGAUGGAGACGAAGGAUGA